GUCGAGCGCGGGAGCACCUAAAGCUGAAAAGUGUGGACGAAGGGGGUGUGUGGAGGGGUUUCAGUUUGGGUUUGGAUACUGACAACUCAAUUUGGUAUUGAAUUGGUAGGUGGGCAGACAGGGAAGGAACUGUUAAGUUUUACGGAAGAUAGUGUGGCUCAUUAUCCGUAUGUGUUUGAAAUAACUUGUGGAGGGUUUAUGAAUUGCACCCUACUCGCCUUAGUGGAGAACAUAGCCGAAGGGAUACGUCUUCAAAAAUAAGAGCGGCGCCGUCCGUUCCCGCGCCUCUCGCCGCCUGUCAAUGCACUCCAGGAUGGGCCCGUCGCGCGGUCACCAGCGUAUUCUGGUGACGGUGGCCGUACUGGUGGCCCUGGCCGGCGUGGUGCAGUUCUGGCGACUGCGGACAGUGAACGCCGACCUCACCAACCAGCUGGUGCGGGUGGAACGGCUCCUGCAGGAAGCCGAAAAGAAAUCUUCAAUGAUCGACUCGCAAAGGAAAGAAACAUCCGAAGACCUCAAGAAAGUAAACGCCAAACUACAACAGCUCCAGAUCACAAAAGACGAGGAUUCCAUGAGAUGCAAGCAGCUUCAGGAAGACAUGGAAGAGAUAAUGGAGAAAAAGUCGGCCCUUCAAAAGGAGCUGGAUGACGAUAAAGCCACCCAUAACGGCGAGCUGCACGACAUGGCCAGUAAGCUGAAGACGCUGCAGUUGGAGCUGACGGAGAACCGGCGUCAGAGCGACGCCGAGGUGGCCGCACUCCGCCAGCAGCUAGCCGAGGCCGAGCAGACGGUCGGCGACGCCUCCUCGUGCCGCGCUCAGCUGACCCAUGCGCAGACGGAGCUGAUCAAGUGCCAGUCGAUGCCGGCUGUCCAGCCGGCGGCCCCCAGACAGCCGGGCACCGCCGGCUCCGGCCCCGCCGCCGCUGCAGUCGUCCCCGGUGAUAACGGUUCCAAGUGGCCCGGCCUGGUCGCCCCGAAGCCUCAGCUGGGUCAGCAGCUAUUUGAGAGCGCCGGCCUGUCGGGAGGGUUUCAGCAGGCGCAGGGCCAGGUGGUCGCCGCGCGCCGCGUGCUGCCCACGCCGCCGGGCGCAGCGGCCGCGGCCGCCGGCCCAAAGUCCAGCAGCUCGACGUCCAGCGUGAGGCCGGCCGUGGCUGACGCGCUGGAGACGCUCGACAAACCGCAGGGCGGGGAGGAGGCGGCAGAGGGGGCCGGAGCACUGGCGGCGGAGGGGGCAGGAGUGCUGGCGCCGCCCCACCAGCUGCCCGAGCGGCAGGAGGAGAAAGAGGAGGAGGAGGGAGGAGAGGGAGAGCAACAGGAGGAGGGCGACCAGGACGGAGACGGCGGCAUCCAGUACCCGAUGGAUGAUGGUAAAGCAGACGCGAUGGACGACCAUCCCGAUACUGACAACGAGGCCAAGGACGCCGAGCUCAUCAAGGGCCUGAAGGAGCUGUCCAACAAGAGCGGCCAGGGCGCCGACCAGCAGCCCGGGCCGGCCGAAGGUGAGCUGUCCGGCCCGGAGAUGGUGGGCGCCGUGCCGCCGCCGGACCUCACCGGUGGGGUCCAGCCGCAUCUGCCGCUCCGAUAAACUUUCGACGGCGUAGACUCGGCGCGUGAUGUCACUGGUCGACUACUGACGUCAGCGGUGGCCGGCCUGUGACGUCAGCGGUGGCUGUCUGCCCAGGCUCGGCGCGUGGAGUUACUGGCGGCCUGGUGACGUCAGUGGUGGCUGGCCUGUGACGUCACUGACGAUCUGGUAACGUCAGUGGUAACCGGUCUGUGACGUCACUGGCGGACUGGUGACGUCAGUCGUGGCCGGCCUGUGACGUCACUGGUGGACCGGUGACGUCAGCGGUGGGCGGCGGCGGGCGGUGCGAGGCGCCGUGUCCGCCCCAUAUGACCAGCCGCCGCCCUAUCCGCUGUAGUACCGGUGAACUGUGAGGCGCUGGCAGUGUCCGCGGCUCCGAACUGGACACCACAAGUGCCUGGCAUGUGUUGUGAGUGUGACUGCCGGCAGCAGAGAGCCUCGCUGGAUGAACGAUGCGGCCCGCGCUGACGGUGCCCGCACGAACAGAGAUUAUUCAGCGGAGCCGGGGGGUUGUGCCUAAUGACAGGCACUGGCUGGCGUCUGGGCGGUGUUUCACCGGACGCUGCUACCACGCUGCUGUCGCAUUUCGCGAGCUGACGUCACAGAUUGUGGCAGUGUUGAAGAUUUGGCACGUUUACUGGCAGCGCGCUAGCAGCGGCCGUUUAACACCGCCCUGGUAUCUCGUGUCUGAGUGAUGGAUCGGCAUUUUUUGGCAUUGCUAACUCAUUUUACACUUGACAUUCUUUCUGAUCUCUUCGCUCUGGGUCGGGAGUUCGGUUGGACCUUUCACACUCGUUGCAGCCGAUUUGUCUGAAUACAGCUAGAGGUUAAGAAAUAUCAUGAAUGCCGCUCUGAUUGACGCUGGACGCCUUGUUAUGUUACAAUUCAUAUCAGUUAUGUUUCUGAUUGGCCAGGGUAUGCUAUGUUAGUUCUAGAAUGAAUUUGCUCGUCUGAUAACUUAAAUUUGUGUCAUUUUGCUGAUUGAUUGAUGUCGCUUGUGCUCACGCCAGUUGUGCAUUUACAGCGGGUAAGUUUGCGCGUCCCGCCUCGUUUGAGGUUAUUUUAUUCCAGAUCCGCUGAACAGAGGAAUGUUUCCGAAAGCUGUGGCCAGAAAGCACCGCACACGGUCAUGGACCAACUCGCUGUAUGAUAUAAUUUAUUUUUAGUUUAGGUAGAGUCCUUUACCGACAAAUAUUCCGGCGUGCGCAAAGACGUGGACAGUUUCAUGCAGCAAACUGCUGCUUGUGUGUGGUUUCUGCACAGUUGGACGGUGUUACGUGAUAUCGAUGUUGUUGGGUGGCGUGAAGUUUUACGUGCAGUAUGAUAAUAUGUCCGUCGCUUUCUUAUAAUGGACUACUCACUUAUUUGAGAAGACGUGGAUCAAUAAAGUUGUUUGCAUUCGUAUA